GCAUUCUAGAAGAAGAAGAAGAAGGGGGAGAAGCUCCGAGGCCGUGUUUUGUUGCCCGAUUUGUAGAGCCUCUUGGAGCUUCUGAAGGAGCAUCUUAGUGUCUUAUUGCCUCGUGGAGCUUCCUCUCUUCAUUGCCGCUGUUCCAUUACCUCACCUCUCUCUCUCUCUUUCUGUUGUGAUUAGGGUCGCUUGCGACUAAGUAUCUGACCACGAUGUCGCAACUCGUGUCGGCUGCGAGGAGAUUGAAGCCAUUGCUGGACAGAGUGCUGGUGGAGAAAGUAGUGCCGCCAACCGUGUCUGCUGGAGGCAUUCUCCUUCCCGAGACUACUACUAAGGUGAACUCAGGUGUUGUUGUUGCAACUGGCCCUGGUGCCAAGUCGAAAGAUGGCACACUGAUUCCUUGUGACGUAAAGAGCGGUGACACAGUUCUUUUACCAGAGUAUGGUGGUACACCGGUCAAGUUGCAAGGCCAGGAAGGCAAAGAGUUUUUAUUAUAUCGCAAUGAUGACCUUCUAGGAGUUUUGCAAGAUUAAGGGCUCCGCAUCAAAUUCAAAAUUUUGGUCAUUCUUCUCAGAGCGUUCGCCUUUAAAAAUGUAGACUUAGUGCUAAACGGGACUCUGCAUCCAGUAUGUGCGCUUCAUUUGAGUAAAAGUUCUGUCGUUUAUUCUCUUAGAGACCACACAUAAUGACGUAUGGUCUUCUGGUACAUGACUUCCCUUUGUGUCACGAAGUAAACGAAACCUAGUACCCUGAGAUGUCUUCUGGUUCUUCACUUUUCCAGCAAUGUUUUUUUCUGUUUUUUCCUCA